AUGCAAUCUAACGUCUUUGCCGUUCCGGAAGCACAGCGAACUGAAAAUGGUGACACCCCACGCCGUACUAUCCAGCGCCAGGAUUCGCACAACCGUCUGUUUGGCGACGAAGAUCGCCCUUCCACUCCACACAUGAUGGGCAACCAGCCGAUCGGUGCCACCAAAGUUAACGGCCGCAGCAACGGACAGAAGUCAUCAUCAUCGUCCCAAUCUACGAUGCCCCGCUCUCCCCGAUUUGCUCAGCGGAACCCGGUUACCGGCCAUGGAAUCGAGGACUACGCAGACAAGCCGCGGAAGCCGAGCUCUAGGGGUGGAUGUAUAGAGUCUGGUAAUCCGGUGACCGGCGAAGGAUACAAAUCUGGCGAUGCAGCGGAAAUCAACACAAACCGCAUCCCACCCGGAGGCUUCUCAUCGGGGCUCUGGUAA